AAGCCCUAAUUGUUCUGAGAGGACAAAGGGUUUAAGAAAUCUGUUUCAUGGCGCCACUGCCUUAAACCCUUCUCCUCCGUUUCGACCUCACCCUAAUUUUUCCAAGUUUAAUUCGAUUUGGCUGCUUCAGAUUGGGGUCUGUAAUGGCGGCUUCCAGGCUCUCGUCGCUGGCGGCAGCGGCGGUCAUUGCGGCGUCUUAUUCCGCCACCGCCAACCGCGCUUACGCAGACGCGCCGUUCCGGUUUUCUCCGUUUUCUUCUGCACCUUCUGCCUCGGCUCCACCCGAGCCUCCGCCUGCGGACACUCCAGGUUCGGAUACUCGACCCGCCGUCGAGGUCUCCAAAGGCGGGUUUGACCCUGAGUCUCUGGAGAGGGGCGCCAAGGCUCUUAGAGAAAUUAAUAAAUCUCCGCAUGCGAAACAGGUUUUUGAGGUGAUGAGGAAGCAGGAGCAAUCACGGCUGGCAGAGUUGGAUGCGGAGAAGGCUAAUUUUGAAGCUAUUCAAGCUCAUGCAGAUAUUGAAAAACAACGAAAGUGGGCAGAAGACCAGAGGAAUCUAUAUCAGCAACAGGCUCAAGCAAAGGCACAAAUUUUGAGAUAUGAAGAUGAACUGGCUCGUAAAAGAAUGCAGACAGACCAUGAAGCCCAGAGACGACAUAAUGCUGAAUUGGUUCAAAUGCAAGAGGAGUCAUCCAUAAGAAAAGAACAGGCAAGACGAGCUACUGAAGAACAGAUACAAGCUCAGCAACGACAGACAGAGAAAGAGAGAGCUGAAAUAGAACGAGAAACAAUAAGAGUGAAGGCUAUGGCUGAAGCAGAAGGACGGGCUCAUGAAGCAAAAUUAACUGAGGAGCAUAAUAGAAGGAUGCUUCUUGAGCGGAUAAAUGGUGAAAGAGAGAAGUGGCUUGCUGCAAUAAAUACGACUUUCAGUCAUAUUGAAGGGGGGGUUCGGGUUUUAUUAACUGACAGGAGUAAGUUGGUGAUGACUGUUGGUGGAGCUACUGCAUUAGCUGCUGGAGUUUAUACCACAAGGGAAGGUGCAAGAGUUAUGUGGGGAUAUAUCAAUAGGAUUCUUGGGCAGCCAUCUCUGAUUCGAGAAUCAUCUAUGGCAAAAUUUCCAUGGUCUGGACUAGGUUCUCGAGCAGCCAAUAAGGUGCUUAAUUAUAGUACAGUUGCUGGGGCAUCAGCACCUGCACAAAGAAAAUCUGCUCUUGGGGACAUUGUCCUGCAUCCUUCACUGCAAAAAAGAAUAGAGCACCUUGCUCGGGCUACAUCAAACACCAAGACCCAUCAGGCACCAUUCCGCAACAUGCUUUUUUAUGGGCCUCCUGGUACCGGCAAAACUAUGGUAGCAAGGGAGAUAGCUAGAAAAUCGGGCUUGGAUUAUGCCAUGAUGACAGGAGGAGAUGUUGCACCGUUGGGUCCCCAAGCUGUUACCAAAAUACAUGAGAUAUUUGAUUGGGCGAAAAAGUCGAAGAAAGGUUUACUUCUGUUUAUUGAUGAAGCUGAUGCUUUCCUUUGCGAGCGUAAUAGCACGCACAUGAGUGAAGCUCAGCGAAGUGCUCUCAAUGCCUUGCUAGUCCAGAGAUGUUGUUCUUGUUCUUGCCACAAACAGGCCCGGGGACCUUGAUAGUGCUGUCACUGAUCGCAUUGAUGAAGUUAUUGAAUUCCCACUUCCGCAGGAAGACGAGCGAUUCAAACUGUUGAAACUCUACUUGACAAAGUACCUAUGCAGUGAAGGUGAAGGCGAAUCAAAGUGGGGGCACUUGUUUAAGAAGAAAUCACAAAAAAUAACCAUAAAAGAUCUAUCAGAUGACGUAAUACGAGAAGCUGCCCGUAAGACUGAAGGCUUCUCAGGCCGUGAGAUUGCAAAACUCAUGGCCAGCGUUCAAGCAGCCGUAUAUGGGCGCCCUGACUGUGUUCUGGACUCAAAUCUAUUCAAGGAGAUUGUGGACUACAAAGUCGCAGAGCAUCACCAGCGGAUAAAACUUGCAUCCGAGGCUUGAAAGUUGGCCAACUUGGAGAUUUCCUUAUCAUAUGUGGCCAGAUGUGGGGGGAUUUUUUCGGACCUCCAAGGUCAGUUCCAUUAAGCUAGAAUUCAUUUGAUUAUGAGAUUUGCUUGGUCAACAAUGAAUCGCAUUGAUUAAAAAGUACAUGGUGAUAGUGGGAUGUUCUGAGGUCAUUCCCUUGCUGCUGAAAUGUGUUGUGCAGGAAGUGAGCUGCGACUGCGAGGGUUACAUAUUUGUUAGUAAUAAUUUUGACCUGUAAAGCUCUGUUAAGAGAGAGAAACACCGAGGUACUGUAAACAGAUUGAAGAUCUUGGGAGGAGAAACUCAAAUUUUAAUUUUAACAAUGAUUUUCAGCAAUAGAAA